GUAGCUGAACAGUAGUGCUGGGUAUGACUAAAGGUAAAGAGGUUCCCUCACUACUACUGUAUACCUAGCCAUGAUCACACUCUCAAACGGGAAGUGGUACGUACUGUGCACACUGGCAGGGAUCAGUCCAACAAUAGACUUGUGCACGCCUCCUGAACAUCCACUCCUUCAAAUUUCAUCGGACAACAGUUCAACAGCACUACAAGAUUUGGAAUAAUAACAAACUGGUAUUCCCUCCUCUGUGUCGCAAUUGCAGCACUUUGGAAAUUCAAGAAGUUCACUGUAGACAUCUUUUUCAGGAGUAUCGUCGAACAUAUGAGUAUCUCUCGGAGGUUAUUUGCGAUAGUCUUGAGGUCUUCCUCGUGGUACUCUCAGCGUGUUGUUGUUUACAUCCAUUUGCUUUGGAUACAAGGGAUAACUUUGCCAUGUGCAGUAGUGGUGUAGAUCUAUAGUGUUUCAGAAGACCUUCAUCUCCAUCAUUGGAACUAAGCUUUGGUGAUUGAUACAGUGUGUCUUGAUCUUGAGACAAAAUGUGUUACUUGGACAAACUGUAGCAUCCUAGAGUGCAAGGAGAGGAGACAGAGUCAUCAACCAUACUACUCAUGCAAACAUUCUCAUGAGUGGUACUUGGACCAACAGAAAGACAACAUGACUGCAGGGAGAGACCUUGAGAAAGGUCUGGAGAUUGCUAGGAGUAUCCUCAAUGGCAGCAAUGACAACGAGCAUCAAGACGUGCUGCUCCUGCUUCACGUCUACAUACUCCCCAUCAUCAGACUGCAUGCAAGUGACAGGAAACAUGUCAGUUCUGCACUAGUGGACCAGAUUCAAGUUCUCUCUGAUUUGGAUACAGCAAUAGAUAAGAUGACCAGUGAAAGACAUGACAUCAAAAAGACUAUGAAGGACUGGAGACAAGAUAUCUGCAGUCAACUUAAAGAUGAAAAGGCCAUAGCAAGUUGUAAUGUGCACUUCUUGAAGCUUCUAUACCAGCACCUUCAUGACGAUCUCAGGAAUGCUUAUGUAGAGUUGGAUACUUGUCAGGAGAGAGUUGAUGAAUGUAAAGGAAGCUUGACAAAGAAGAAAGGGAGUCAGUAUAUCAGUGAUCUUGUGGAGAGAUAUAAAAGAGAAGAUCCAGCUCGUAAAUCAAGAGACCGGGUAGCAGACUACAUCAACAAGGCUCUUUUUGUAAUGGAAGAAGUCAAUUUGAUUCUUAAAGUUACGACACAACCAGAUAGAAAUGAGUUAACCGACCAGCAUCGAGCGUACAUCCGAAUCCAGGAAGAAUGUAAGAGACACAGCAAAGAACUUCACGAUCUACAAAGAAAGAAGCUUUUAGCAACGAGUGUCCGAGAGGCUUUGGUUUCAACAGAAAGUGAACUGAAGCAAGGAAGAGAGACGACAGGAAUAGAUAUCUCAUCUGAUGGCCUGAUACGAUCUACAGAUGUUCUUGGACCAAGCAAGCUUCCUGAAGCCUGGCAAACACUUCCCAGUAAAGUUUCUGAGGCUUUAGAGAAGAACAAGACAUUGAAUGAACUGCAUCAUGAUUUCAGUGCUGCAAUAGUGAAUCAUUGUCGAGAAGAGAUCAAAGGUCAACCAAUCAUCAGGAGAUUGAGACCAAAGCUUGAUGUCAGUAGCUCGUGGAAGAGGCUUGCAAAGAAACACAGCGGAGGUGGUAUGCAGCAUCAUCAUCAAGAUGGUGAGAAGAUGAGAAGGAGUACAAGACAUAGCCUGAAGGAGAAACGACCUACAUCACACUACCAGGCUAUCACCCAGGCUCUUAAGACCGAUGUAACCAUGCACUUCCAAGAAGUUACCUCAAGGUUAGCCAAUCAUCUAAAUCUUCCGUUUGCAUAUAGUCGAGCUGAUCUCUGGUCAUGUUAUGAGAGGGCUUUCUUUCCUGGGAAGAUUUCAGAGUUUCUUAAGCUUUAUGUGUAUGCCUAUGAGACUGAGACGGGACAUCUCCAAAAGAUCUUGCCAACGUCCAACCUCCAAGAUAUGCAUCUAGAUGAUGAGUGGAUCCUCAACAUUCUUGGACUCUAUGCUCCAAUGUUCAACAUCCAUGAUGACAUUGAGAUUGGUGAGGACGCAACUGAGCAGGACAGUGACUCUGACAAGGAUCACGACACUGAGAAGGAUCAUGACAUCACGGUCAAAGACAUUGCAUCGGUGUCAGGAUUAAACAGCAUGGUCAAACACAGACUCCGCAUAGAUGAAGACAUUCGAGGGAGGUUAGAAUCCGGGGUGGAUGUUGAUCUGCCCGAGGAGCGAUUCCGACGUCCUGUAAGUUCUCACCAGAAAGGUGAAUCGAGGCAAUCGUGGCGAAACACACAGAUCAUAGACUGUAAAUGGGUCACGGUGCCAAUCAGCAUAGAAAAUGCGCAGUCAGAACCUUGUAUCGUCGAGAAGCAGUUGAGGCAAGAGACAGUGAAGCUCAAAGACCCAGAGAAAGUAUUGAAACAUUCUUCUUUGCCUGAGAUAAAGCAAUUAAAGCGGAUCGCAGAUGAACAGUACUCACCUCAUAGCCUUUCCCUCAGCAAGGAAUUGGACAAACCACAUCCUCUUCUCAAGAAAGAGGUGAGCCAUUUAGAAGAUCAUAUUGGUGAUGACUCUGGUGUAUUCAAUGAUCACCAUGAUGAUUACAGGCACAGUCAGAAAGGUGAUCUUAAUUCUAAUCUCUUGGACAGAACAGACAGCAUAAGAACUGCUAUGAGUACAGGUUCAGAUGCUUCCCAAGCUCUCCAUGUAUCUGAUCUUUGCACCUCCAACCCAUCGGAGGAUGCAACCAACCUUCCGCAGGUAGCGAUAUCCUCAGACGCUGCAUCGGAUGUGGAGAAGAUGUCCAUUACGUCCAGCAGCCAUGAUCCCGUAGGCGACAUGGAUGUGAACAUCAUGGUCCAAGGGGUGGAUGGAGAGGUCAAACUGGACAGAGAACUGUCAAGGAGAUGCAGGGAGAAGCCGGCCAUCUCAGAGUUCUUGAAGCGAUUCAGCCAGGCAUAUCACUACUUCAGGGUGGUUUUAGAGGAGAGUGUUCCAACUUCAAAGCUACAGUGGUUGCUCCGAUGUCUCAAGGAAGUCAAUGCUGUGGCUGAGAGACAAGCAGCUCUGAUAUCAUGCGGGAAGCAGCGCAUGUUAAGCGGUGAUGACCUGCUCACAUCCCUCAUCCUCUUCCUCAUUCACGGUGAUCCAGGAGAGGUCACGGCUUUCUACCCACAACUCAAGUUCCUCGAAGACUUCCUUCCCGACUUCCUCGACAAAGGAGAGAUCGGAUUCGCUGUCAUCCAGUUUGAAUCAGCCUAUUCAUACAUCCUGAGGAUAGAGAAGAAUAUGAGGGAUAAUCCAAAUACGUAGUAGAUGCUUGCAUCUCACCAUUAACUUAGAGAUUUCUUCAACUAGCGCAUUGCUUGGCAAAUCCAUGAUGUAUUGAUUUGUGGGUAGUAUCUCAGCUGCUUUUGUGGAAACAAAAAAUCUUCCUCCUCAUAUCUUAUUCUAUUUUACAGAUGGUUCAUGUAGUUUCAAGUGGGCUUUGAUCGAUGGGAUUCUAAAUUGAUAUUUUUUCAACAAUAUUGUACAACUCAAGCAAUAUUUAUUUUAUAACACCGAAUUUAACUCAUUUAUGUACCUAAAUACACAAUUAUUGGUUAAGAUUAAAAAAAAACAGUGCUCAUGUUGUAAAAGUUCAAAUUUCAAACACUUGAAUCACAACUUGAUCAGUUACUACGAACAAUGGCUGAAUGUGCUUACACUUGCUAUUGUUAUCACCAUUCAGUUGACAUGCAAAUUCGCAUAAAGAUGGUGUAUUAUGAAGCUUUGAUUGAAUCAUGGUGUUAUUGAAAAAGUAGCAAAAUUAUGUUCUUUAUUUUGUAAUGUCUAUAUCUGCUUCAUUGUAUACCGGGCAAUAAGUAUCAUUAUAAUGUUCACUUUUCAUUGUUUCAUUUAUCAACCAAAGAAUAUCAUUCUAUUGCACGAUGAUAUAAAGAGUAUCUUAAGAUGAUGAUGAUGAAUGGAUGAUUGGACGAGUGCUGUAACUUUUUGAAGUUUUACAUGGAAGAGAGCUACACUCAAUAUAUUUUCAUAAGGAACUCCCAAAUUAUUAUCUUUUGUGUACGGUAAUUUUCUGCUCAAAGCAGAAAGCAGGCAAAACACUUAGCUAAUGCAGCUACAGUUUCAUGUUUAUUUGUGCAAUGAAGAUACUCUAACAUGGUGAUCCAUGUACAUUCUGAAACUGGAAUAUGUUUUGCAAUAUUAGUCUUACAUUUUUUUCAUUAUUCCUAUCAUAAGGAUAUUCUGGUACUUUCCUGUUAUACAUUUUUACCCAGGCUCCAUACUUACUCAGUAAAGUUUAUCAUAGAUAUAUAAGAAGGAAAACAAAUUUUUGUACAUUCAGGAAUCUUAAUACGUUAAUAUGUUAGGUUUUUCCAUAAGGUAAUUUUGACUGAGGUGCAGAGCAGACUAAAUUAAUCCACACUUUUCUCUAUUCCUAGGCUUCAUAGUCCUUUUACAAUAACAAGAGGUUUACCAAAGAAUUUCUUGAGAUUAAAUGAAUAUUUACAUUGUUUUCUUCUCUUAGAUAAAAAAAAUUUCAGUGGAUACUUUUUAUUUGUAAGAUUAAAUGAUUACCUUUUUAUUGAUAUUUUGGCAACUGCCAAAAAAAAGUGUGGUAAAAAUUUUCCAAGAGGUAAGUUAAUCCUUGCCUUGACAAUACAGCCUUAUAUAGGUAUCACAACUUUCAUGGAAGAUUAAUUAAAGUUUCUACUUUGUUUGUUUGGUAUCACUAUACACAAGGAUGAUUUUAAUGAACCAUAUUUCAUAAAAUCUGCUUUAUGUUGUCAUGAAGGAAGGGAAUAAAUACUGUCUAAAAACGCUUCACAAAAAAAAUGGUAGUCUAUUCAUAGAAUUUAAAGACUGACUAACACAAGUCUGUUUCUCAAUCUAGCUUUAAAGGUGCUAGCUGUCUUUUUACCUCAAUCCUCCUCCACAUUCCCUAUUGUUUAAUGUCGUUGAUGAAAUGUGACUAGAGCCAUAAAAGACGCAGGAUUUCUGCGGGAAAGACGUGGCAUGCUUUAAACCACAAGCUUUUUCAAGAUGAUUCAAUGGGUUUGAAGGUGACAUGGGAUUCAUUUAUUCAACCGUUUGUAUUGUGUGUGAUGCUAUGUAAAUUUCAUGUAAAUGUCAUGUAAAUUUCAUAUAUGUACAUCUUGGUAUAUGAAGCAUGCACUUUUAGAAUUGGAUUCCUGUAUAAAUUGAGCUGUUUAGUAACUAUGCCAUCUGGUUAGACACAUUCUUUGUAUAUACAUGAAAUCUCUAAAUAUUUGUCUGUGUAACAUCCAAUAUUGUAUGUACAUAGUUAUUGAAGAGCUAUUUUGCAGAGCUAUUUUUAUCACCACAUUGAUCAUUCAUAAACAGCUUGAUAUAUAUUUUUCUAAUGUGAAUGAUAAUGAUAAUAUACAUCUUAUAUUUUUGAAAGAACUGACUUUCUAAAUCUGGUGCUUUCGAUUUGAAAACCAUAGAUUUGAAAUGAAUGUCAUGUAAUAGUGUGUUUAUUAUAUCAUAGUCUGCAGGCACAGACCCUGAUUGAAACUUUGAGCAAUAAGUGGGUCUUCACACAAGACUAGCUCAUAUAAGACUUCUGUGCACAAAAAAUUGGAGGCUGUUCAUUCAGACACCUUAAAUUGAGUGAAGGGUUUGCACAACAGACUGAUCAUAUUGUGUUUUUUAUGAAUGAUAAUCAUCAGUGAUAUAUGAACAACUCAUAACAUCCACUUGAAAUGAUAGCAUUUGACAUUUUGAUUUCCUUGAACUUACAACUCACAAGGUAUGAGGUUUAUUAGAACUCUUUGACCUUGAUGCAUUUCACACACACAUACACACACACCCACCCACCCUCACACACAAAGAACUCAUUAGCUAUCAAUUCAGAGUAAAGAUGAAAUUUGUUUGAUACCGUGAUCUUUCUCUGAUAAUGCCUUUCAUAGAUUGUUAUUACCCCCCCCCAAAAAAAAAAAAAUAGUUGAUAGUUUAUACUUGAAACUGUACAUGUAUUUAGAGCUUGUAAUCUUACCCAACCUGUGGAAGUAUCAAGAUUGUCUACUCUUUGUACACUUAGCUUACAAAACUCAGUGCAUUUGAAGAAAAACAAAUGAAAAUGAUAAUUUUCAAAUAUGUAUGUUUAAAACAAGAAUGAUAUUAUCACUAGGAGACAAGAUGUUGUGUUGAUAAUGAUCAUUUGCUAUCAAAGUCUGUUAGUGGAUUAAUUGAUUAUUUCAGGCUGAUGCAUUUCUUUGUGAGUCAUAAAAGGAGAAUACUGUUGCUUUCAUUGAAUUUCAUAUAGUAGUCCAAAAUCGCCCCCAUCUUUUUAAGUAUUUAAGUAGUUUAAGUAUUGGUUGAUGAAUAUUGAUAAAAGUAUAGAGAAGUGCACUUCGAAUUGCUGGAUGUAAAAUAAAUCAUUAAUGACAUGAAAAAGGCUUAUGAAUUGCAUGGACAUGAUAUUAAUCUAAGUUUUAUGGUAAGACCCAAAUUAAGUUGACUCUUGAUUUAAAGAAACAUUUCUGUCUUGAUGGCAUUAUAUAGAACCUUUACUCAGAUAAGCAAGUGUUGAAAUAUAUCACAAAGCGCAAAAAAUGGUAUGCAAUUUACAUUUUAGCUUUUUUUAUUUAUUUGAUAUUUAUACUUGGCAAUGAUGACAUUGAAACUAUGUUAAUUUCCUUUGAGAGGAUAUGCAGUUAUAAUAGUUGUGAAAUCAUAGAAAAUGCUGUUUGUCCAUAUUAAGACCGGUAGACACUAUAUGAUUCAAUGCAAUCCGAUUUUCAAAGAAAUUGUAUUAGCAUUUGAUGGGAACAUUCUAACUUAUAAAAUCAUGAGUUCUGAAAAGUUGUAUAAAUACUGUAAUAAAAAUUCCAAUCUAAAAAUAGAGCUUCCCUGUAGGAAUAAAAAAUUCAAUUUUGAAUCGUAAUGAAGUCGUCAUUGGCUGUGUUUAUUCAGACCACAAGGCAGAAUUCAGAUUUAAGUAUUCCUAUCAUUGUGCCGAAAUUAAAAUAAUACAAUUUCGCUUCUUUGAACUUUCACAUUUAAUGCGAGAUUGGUUUGUUGAAAAAUCGUGUUGCAUAUCGUGUAGUGUGUGCUGGGAUUAAGAUGUACGUGUAAUUGUUUGUCUGCAUUAAAAAAAAAUAACUUGAUAUGCUUUAGAAACCUGCUGGCUUUCACCAUUCUUUCACCGUGUUGUGUGAGAAUAUGUAGAAGCUGAAAAAUGCUUUAUAUUUUUAUUAUCACAUCAAAGCAAUAUUUUUAGGUAUGUAUUUUAUAAUUAAAUGGAGUACUGCCAUGAAAAGCAGUGAAAUAGAAAAUUGCAAUUUACUAUCGUUA